GAAGUUUAUAUUAUACCUUUAUUUAACCAUUUUUAUAUCGGCACCCUUCCUUUGAAAAUCUGCUUUGGAAAGUCUACUGAUUCUGGAAAAGAAAUUGCUUAUGUUUUUCCUUCGAAACUCAAAAAAGAUUUUGAUAUCGAAGAUCUUACUGCUAAUGAAGUUGAAG